CUUGUACAUAAUUUUAUUAUUAUUUUAUCUUCUCUUCUCUUUUCUUGGCUUUCCGGUCUCCCCACUACCAUUCUCUCCGCCUCUCUCCCCUUUCGAGAAGAAUAAGAUUCUUUCUGCCCUUCCGCUGCCCACUUCCCAUCUUUUGCCCCCGAUCCCUACCAUGGCGGUGGCCAUGGAGAGCUUCUCGAUUCGAGAUUACGCGACGCGGAUGAGGUGCGUCGACUACGACAAGUGCUGGCCGUUCGCCGAGGAGAGAGGGGGGCGGUCCCUCCCUCCCAUGCCGGUUCGGAGGUUCCGUUGGUGGGCCGACGAACUACGGGCGGUGCGAUCCGACGGAGUGGCCCACGAUCAGGCGGAUCCGAGUAAGAAGGCUGCCGUGGAUGACGCCGCUGCUGCGCAGCAGGAGCCCCUCGUUGAAUCCGCGGUUGUCGGCCGGGCGGGAGGUGGCGAGACUUCUGCCGAGGAGAGGGAGCCGAAAACUCCUCCGCCCAGAGCCAAGCAGAGAACUCCCAAGAAACGAUCGAUCCUCGAGCUUUUCGCUGUGGCUCCGAUGAUUCGUGGGUCACAAGAGCGAGACCUCCACGAUGGGGGCGGCAGCAAGCACCAAGCAGAAGAAACAGCCGCGGCGAAGAGCAAUUUGGGGGUUGUGGACGGAGAGUAUCCGCUCGAGACGAGGAAAACGAAGAAGCGGGUUAAAGACGGCGGGAAGAUGCUGAGGGAAAAGAUUGGGCCAAAGAAAAAGUUGAAGGCCAAGACGAAGAUGAUGAAGAAAAAGAAGAAGCUCAAGGUUGAGAUCCGUGCUGCGAAACAGGAGAAACCCUGUAAGCAUAGAAUGUCUUCUCCAGUUGAAUUGUGCAAAAUACUCAAAAACCAAGUGUAUGAGAAGCAGUUUGAAAAGAUGGAUAAAAAACUUGUUCAUAACCAGACAAAGCCGGCGACCAUCAGAACUUUACUAAAGAAACAUAUAUUCAGACUUGUUCGGACUUCAAAAUUGGCAUCCAGGAAGAAGGAGGUACAUACUAAUCUCAAAAAACGAAAACGAGUUACUUCUGCCAAGAAAAGAAAGACAAUUAUAAAUACAAAGGGCAGUGAUCUUGUAGAGCUUUGUUGUGAAUCAGCUAAGAAUUUGAGUUUUUCUGGUAAGGAUGAUACACUUGCACAUGAUAGAAGUUGUUUGCCUUUGGAGCUGCCUCAUUUGCAAACCCUCUGCAAAAUAGUUUCUGAUGUCUUGGCUGCUUCUUCAUUGUCACCAUCAUCUAUGGAUAAUUUGAACAAACGUCCAUCUUUCACUGAGGAAGCUCGGUUGAGCUUCAAUGAUAAAGAAGCUCACCUUAAUUUGAAUGAUAAAGGAGUUGUUACAAAUAAUAUGAACAGAGGUGAAACUUCCUCGGGAAAGCAACUCGAUGAUUCUUUUAAUCAUCUAACUACUGCAAAGUCCUCAGUCACAAAGAGAACCCAUUUGGCUGAAACUUUGGACUUAAAUCAUCCAGUGAGGGAUUAUGUUGAUUUAAAUUGCAUUAGCCCGGAUGGCUCCACUUUGACACCUACUCCAACAAACUCAGAUGACCUGAAGGUUCUCGGAACAAUGAAUAGUGUUGGGCUUAAUUUGGAUCCUGGAACCUGUCAGGAACACAGUUUUUCUCUGACAUCCGAUCAUCUGAACCAUUUGCAUAAUCCUAUUAGAAAUUCUGCUCCAGUUUCUGAUACAAGAAGUGCACUGAGCCUUACCGGAAACCAAGAUAAGCAGCAUUGGAUAUCUUGUUUAGAUCAAAGCUACAUGGAUUCAGUUGAUGGGCAAGGUCAUUUGUUGGGCCCAACAAAAGAUGUAUGCAAUGGCUUUCCUGAAUUUCAACCAGUGUAUCAUAUACCGAAAGAUAUAGUAAUUAGUACUUGCCCUUCAGUUAUAUCAAAAACUACUGUAGAACCAUUGCCAAGUCUGGGGUCUAUUUGGAGGGACAAGGACACUGGGGAAGGUUUCAUUGGAUUGCCUCUUAAUUCACAGGGAGAGCUUAUCCAGUUGCAUCCAGGCAAUAGGUAUGGAAUUUGUGAGGUGGAUAAGAUGCCAAGGUCAGCAUUUAAUUCUCUUCAGAUUCUUCCAUCUUCCAGUCAUUUUCGGCCAGAGUCCAGUCAUGUUAGGAUGAAAGGCAAGUUCCCUUUUGUGCCAUCAUACCAUGAGGAUGAUCAAAGUUGGUUCUUGAAUCAGUACUAUCCUGCUAGAAAUGUAGUGAUAUCCGAGUUGGGUUCUGUUGAGUUGCAAGGUGUUGAAAAAGUGAAGUAUCGAACUUAUGAUGAUAAAGCUCGAUUUAACCAUUGUGACCCUAGACAAAUGGAACAUUUUUGUUGUGGCUGCAGGGAUCAUGUUGUAACAGAAAAUUGCUUUGGUAGGAUGAAGUUCUAUUCUGAAAGGGACUUAGAGCUAGGUAUUCAACCAGCUAUCCGACCAACUAUGCGCUUGAUGGGUAAAAAUGUCACAGUUGGUAGCUGCAUCAAAGAAUACCAAGGAGGUAAUAAUGGGAAGGUAUGGUCUGAUGAGGAUAUAAUAACUACAAGCUGCCCCACCACUAGGGUUUACAACAGACCCAUUUUGGACAGAUGGCACGAAGAAGAAUGCAUUCCACAAGCAGAAUCUGGGGCAUCGAGAAAAUUCCCGUUCAACUCACUAGAGGUCCCUUCAAAUUAUUGUUGUACAUCAGCAGAUAAGCUUACAUCUAACCAUAUGCAUCUUGGUUUUGAGCCUAAUUGGAUGUUAAAUGAUGGGAAUUCCUCAAGUAGAGAACCUGAUUUUCAUAUUGACCUUUGUCAAAAUGCAGUUCCUUGCCAAUCUUUUCUGAACAGAGCAUCCCACUCCGCAUUCCAUUGUACCUCAGAAUCUCAAUCUGACGAGUUGGAACAAAAAAAAAUGCUCUGUGAAUCCUAUCCCCAAAAAUUUUGCCAGCAUAUGCUUGUAAAUUCAACCCAUUGCAAGCACAGUAAAAAUGUAUCUUACGGUAUUCCAUCGACUUACCAUCCUCAUAUUAAUCAUGUGCCUUCCCAAACAUCAACUAUUCAUUCUUUACGAAAAAUUCCUCAUUGGUUGUUAAACACAACCAAUCAGCAUCAUCCAUUUAUUCCUUAUCAUCCAGCUGCUGCAUAUCAGUCCUGUACGAUUCCACCAUAUAGUGGUUUUCCUCAUGCUUCUUCAUAUCCAAGGACUGUAAUACCUUUCCCUUGCGGCAAUAGCAGCAGUUCUCAAACAUAUGGCUCAUAUACUCCCAUGUCUGUGGUUUACCCUUCAUCUAUUUCAGCCUUACCAACAAAUAAUUUCAGUUCAGUAUCCUCAACAAACAGAGACAAUAUCAAAGCCAAAGAUGGCAUGGGAGUUUACUUCGCUCAUUAUAAGAGUCAGGAUCAUUCUAAAAGAUGUAGAAAAAGAUCUGCAGGCAAAGAUGACAUAACCAUGGAAAGAGUGAAGAGGCCUAACUUUAAACUGCGGGAAGACACUAAUGCUCCUACAUCAGUAAGAAGAGAACAAUUGCAUGGAGACCAAAAGGAUAAAGCAUCAGAAGUCAAUGUUUGUACUGUUAGAACAAUGGAUGACGUCCUUCCAGUUAUGGAUAAUGAGAAGGAUAGAGUGGCUGUCUCAGGUGGGUCGUUGCCCUUAAAAUCUAGUCACACAAGGUCAGGACCUGUCAAACUUAGCGCAGGAGCAAAGCAUAUACUGAGGCCCAAUGGAAGUUUUGAUCAGGAAAAAUCUCUACCAAUUUACUCAACUGUACCUUUUACCCAUGGAACUAGUGCUGGCAAAGAUGAUGUUUUACAGGAGAAAGCAGCAAAAGUCUACAGGUUUUAGAAAGCAGCAAAAGCCUACAGGUUUUAGAAUUCUAGUGAGCAGUCAUCACCAGUCGAGAUUUUGGAGAAUAUUUGGGAUCCUGUAAAAAGGAACUUUUCUUGGCGAGCAGGAGUAACCCUACUAUGCUUGAUAGGUACUGUUUUCUCUUAUGCCAUUUGCUUAUGAUGUGGAGUGAAAUAUAUAAUAAUCCUCCUUAGUAAACUUAACCACAUGCAAUAUUGUGUUUAAAAAAUCGACUUUGUAUUUUCUUAACAAUUAGCUUGUGUGUUUCUCCUAACAUUCAGUGUCCUUGUAGACAUAUAUUGCAAGUUUUGAUGUUUGAUUAUUCUGAGAACUAGAUGCAUCAAAUAUAAUAAUCCUCA